UGAUAAAUUGUAAUUUUCACACCCCAUCAUGUUUAAAAUGCUACGUUUGAAUGCCUCCGCGAAAUGCAUCGCAAAUAUUUUUAAUCCGAUGCGCAGAUAUGCUCAUCAGGCCAUUAAUCAGAUGCUGCAAUUGCAACACACCGAAAUCUGUGCAGAUUCUCCGUCCCGGGGUUUAGUCCUGGGAGUAUACGCUGAUGAGGACGAUAAGACAGAUACAGGCAUUCUGACGCCAGCAGCGUGGCGCUACAAUGUUUCGAGAACGAACGGACGUUUGAUUGAGGUGCUGCGCAUGUCAGGCCCAAUGCCUAAACGAGGCGAAGCAAGGAUUCUGUUUGCCGUGGAAGUUGAUAAAACUCCCUACUACUCGGCUGUUGCUGUCGUUGGUUUAGGCAAAGAAUGCUUAGGCUACAAUCCUUACGAGUUACUUGAUGAGCAAAAGGAAACUAUUCGUCGGUCCGUCGCGAAGGCCUGUAUGGAAUUGGGUAGAAUAGAUACAAGUCGUAUUGAGGUCGAAGAUUGUGGGCACGCUGAGUCCGCCGCCGAAGGCGCAGCGUUGGGUAUAUGGGCGUAUCAAGAGCUAAAAAGUAGAAGCGCUCGCAUUACUAUACCCGCUAUUGACCUGUACACCACCAAAGAAAGCGUCUGCGAUCUUGAAGGGUGGCGUAUUGGUCUCCAGAAAGCGGCAGCGCAAAAUCUAACACGUCAGCUGCAGGAAAUGCCCGCAAACCUUUUGACACCGACCACGUUCGCCCAAAACGUCGUUGAAGUAUUGUGUAAGUCUGGCGUAAAUGUUGAGGUUAAAGUCGAAGGAUGGGCGGAGAGCCAAGUAAUGAAUGCCUUUUUGUCAGUCGGAAAGGCAUCUUGCGAACCGCCCAUCUUUUUAGAGCUCAGUUACUAUGGAACAUCGCCCGAAGAAAGGCCGAUCGUUUUAGUAGGGCAAGGGGUAACAUACGAUUGUGGUGGUCUUUGCCUAAAAGAUUGUCCAACGCUAAAAUGGAUGCGUGGCGACAUGACUGGAGCAGCAGUCGUUGUUGCAGCAUGCCGAGCAGUAGCGGCGUUGCGUUUACCGGUGAAUAUAAGAGGUCUGAUACCGCUUUGCGAGAAUGUGAUGGGCUGUAAUUCAUUUCGUCCUGGGGAUACCGUGAAAAGCAUGAACGGAAAGCACAUCAAAAUUAAUUGUACUGAUCAUGAAGAUAUUUUAGUUUUGGCCGAUACACUAUUGUAUGCUCAAAAUUUUUGUCCUAAAUGCAUUGUCGACGUCGGUAAUACAUCCCCAUGGUCGCAUGAUGUUUUGGGAGAGGCCGCGAGCGGUGUUUACACCAAUUCAGAAAUUUUAUGGCAGCAAAUUAAACAUGCCAGCAUGCAUACGGGGGAUCGGGUGUGGCGUAUGCCUUUAUGGGACUAUUACACCAGUGAAGUAACAAAAACUGAUUCCGCUGAUUUAGCAAAUUAUGGUGCUGGUCGUGGCGGACGGCCAUGCAAGGCUGCUGCGUUUCUAAGAGAAUUUGUACCUUGUGGCCAAUGGAUGCAUAUUGAUUCUUCGAAUGUCAUGACUACAAAAGGCACCACCUUCGAAUAUCUACGCGCAGGCAUGGCCGGUCGUCCAACACGUACUCUGAUUGAAUUUAUCGCUCAGACUAUUUGCAAGGACACAGCUCCUAAGUUUCCUAAAAAGCAAAACUAAAAUCGGUCUCUCCCGCUUGUCAUAAUGCUGCUAAUUAAAUUUUUCAUCCAUUUCAAGCACUUUCUCCGUUUGGUG